ACCACUCGGCGUUUUUGGAAGGUCCGAGGGCUUCACGGGCGCAUGGAUGACGGAGGGAAAGUUUUGAGAGUCAUUUGUGAUAGAUCCAUCUACACGAACGGAAGUCACCUCCCGCUCCCGUUACGAGUAACGACCGUGGUGGGAUCCGUGUUCUUCAGCGGGAGCGAAUUACUCCAUCGGGAUUCAAACGGACUGCUCAGGUGACACUUCCACCUAAUAGAUUGCGAGUCUGGAAGCGAUUUUCAAGAUGACGGAGAAAUCAAGGCGCUCCCGAAUGGACUAUUGGCAUACUGCCAACUUGAUCAUGAUCGUUUUUAGCGUGGGACUCGUCAACAGCCUUCUCGGACCUUUCCUCAUGGACAUGGCCGAAAUCUAUUCUUCAGCCAUGAAUGAAGUGGCUGUCAUGAACUCGGCGAGGGCCAUCGGAUUAUUUAUCGGAUCCUGCGUGGGAGGCUUCCUCUAUGAGCGCAUCAACGACCAAAUCCUGAUGAUUAUCAUGGGCGCCGUAUAUGGAGUCGGGACGGUCCUCCAUCCGCUCCUCCCAGACCUCACCUACUUCCACGUCUUGGGUUUCAUCUUAGGAGUAGCGAUCGGGAUCUCCCAUAUAGGAUCGCAAGUGCGUCUCGUGACCCUGUGGGCGGAGGACAGCGCUCCGGCUAUCCAAGCCAUCCACGCUUCCUACGGCGUCGGUGCCACGAUCGGACCUUUUGUCGGUGCACCUUUCCUGAGUCUGAGGGAAAACGAUAUCAUUGUGAAGGAGACACGAAUCUACAUUCCGUAUGCGGCUUCCGGAUUCCUCUUCUUCUUGAUUCUAAUAUCAAUGAUAGCGGCAUAUUGCGUAGAUCCGAUUGGAAUCAAGAAGGCCAAGGAGAGCAAGAAGGUCAGAGACGACGACUCGAGUAGAGCUUUCGAAACUGUCCUCAUGGCGCUUCUCGUUCUUUAUCUGACUACAAGCGUCAACAUCGAAUCAACGUUCAGUACUCUGAUCUCGGUCUAUGCUCACGGCAGCCCUCUACUGGAGUUCUCGAAACCUGAUGCGGCCUACUUGGCGGGAGUGUUCUGGACUACUUUCACGGGAGGCCGGAUCGUUUCGAUCUUCGUGGCCGCCUUCUUCGACGUGAAGAAAUUCCUCCUCGUCUCCCAUUCGCUCGUGCUCUGCGCCUCAGGUAUUCUCGUCCUGUUCGGUUCCUCCGCUGCGUGCACUUGGAUCGGAGUGGCUCUGAUGGGAUCAGGCGUGUCCGCCAUGUACGGCGCCGCUAAAGCUCUAGUAUUCAAAUACUUCCACUUGAGGCAUUUCCAUAUCAGCAUGAUUCUUACGGGCGCGUGUUUGGGGAUCGCAGUGCCUGCUUAUUUUGUACCACCGGUUGUGGAAAGAUGGCCCAUGUUUCUCCCGUACUAUAUCGGGACCUGUAAUAUUUCGCAUUUGAUCGUUUUACUCCUGAUGUUCAACGCUGUCAGGGGCAAGCGAACGAUACAUGAGGCGAACGAGAAACCGAAAGGGAUCCAAAAAGAAGAUGCUCUCCCGUGAUCGCAACUACCUUUAGCUAGAGUUAAAAAUCUUCGAGACCCUCUCGUGUGUACUUGAACGCAAGCGUGGCUAUGUUGUAUCGAGCCAAGGAUAUCUUUUUCCUCUUUCUUUCACGUUGCCUCCACAUACUUGUCGCUUGUGAGGCGCAAUCCUGUGCAUUGUCCUUG